AUGGACUCAGACCAGUUCUCGGACAGCGACGACGACGACUUCGUCGGCAAGAGCGCUGCCGCUUCGAACCCGCCGCCGGCGGAGGAGGAUGACCCGCCGCCGGCGGAGGAGGAUGACGGAGACGACGCGUUUGUCAAGCACAUGGAGUCGGUGAAGGCUGCCGACCGGCCCCUGCAAAUUCUUCUCAAGCACGUUGGCUGCAAGUGGCAUCUCAAGCCACACCAAUUUCUUGGCGUCCGCGCCGUCGCCGGUGUGCCGAGCGACUGGCCGGUGUCGUUUGACUCGGAGGGCAAGCCGGACACGCUGCCGGAGAUGCCCGUGCAGCGCGGCAUUGCGGAGGGCGACGACAUGGGCCUUGGCAAGACAAUAAUGGCGCUCGCCGGAGGGGUUGCCGUGCGCGCCUACAUUGAGGCCCGACUCGGCCGGCAGGCGAAGCCGGCCCUCGUCAUCGCGCCCAACGCGGCGGUGGCGGCGCAGUGGCGGCUGGAGGCGCUGGGCAUGCUCGAGGAGCGCGAGAUCUGGUCGCACUCAGGCGAGAAGUUCGGCCAGGCCUUGCACAAGCGCUUCUCUCGGCCGGCCGGCGAGGACGAGGACGAGGACGAGGCGAUGCGGCCGCGACUGGUCAUCGUCACGCGCAGCCAGCUGCAGACCGAGAUGUCGCAUGCGUUCCGCUCACAGCGCGAGGCCGGCGGCUACAAGCCCUCGCCGCUCGCGCCGCACCUACUGCAAAAGACGGUGCUCGCGCUCCAGCAGAAGUACAACCACGCGAACGUCAAGGGCGGCAAGAAGGGCGGCGGCAAGAGCGCAGCAACGGGCGAGGACCGGAUGUACGUGCGCGAGGACCACAAGGACGGCGACGACUCGACGCCCAGCGGCGGCGUGCUCGCCAUCUGGCGCGAGGCGCAGAAGCGCUUCACGCGCGCGCAGCACAUCUACUCGAUCGUCCUCAUCGACGAGGUGCACGAGCUCAAGAACCCGCACACCCUCGCGACGAUGCUCGCCGUCGCCGCCGGCCUCCACGCGCCGCGCGUCAUCUCGAUCUCCGGCACCGGCUACAACAACCACCUGCAGGACAUGGCCACGCUGCACCUGCUGAUCGACCCGUCGUGGAUUUACGCCGACCUGCACUUUUGGAAGGACAUGAUGGAGUCGCCGGACAAGGUCAUCGGGCGGCAAGCGAUCGAGGCGCAGCGCGCGCGGGCGGAGGGGCGGGCGGUGCCGCAGCCGUUGAGCCUGCGGCGGAUCGAGGAGAAGCAGGCGGCGGACAAGGAGGCGUGGGAGCGCGACGUGCUCACGCGCCGCACCAAGGACAGCUGCGGCAUCAAGCUGCCGCCGAAGAAGCACGUCGUGUACGAGCUCGCGUACAAGCCGCUGGAGCUCGGGAUGAGCGUGACGCUCUCCCUGACGCUCGCGGCGCCGGCGCGACGCGGCCACUCCGUGCGCGUGGCGCUGUUGCAGACCAUCGCGGGUGGUGGCGGCGAGGGCAGCGGCGGUGGCGGCGGCGAGGGCAGCGGCGGCGACGGCGGCGAGGGCAGCGGCGGCGAUGGCGGCGGCGCAGGCGCCACCACGACCGCGGUGGAGCUCGGGGUGCUCACCGCCAACGACGACGCGCCACCCAUCCAGCGCGAGAUCGGGCUGCUGGGCGACGAGCACACGCUGCGCUUCGAGGUCUUUGACGCGCGAGGCGCCAAGGUGCACACGCAGACGACGAGCGUCGCGACCAUCGCGAAGCACGCUUUCCAGCUAAUGGAGAGCGAGCUGAUGAACAUGGCGGUGGAGGCCGCCAGGCAGAGCGCGGCGGCGAGCGCAAGCGCGGCGACGGUCGCCGCCGCCGACGAGGCCAAGGAGGCCAAGCAGCGCGUGCUCGAAAAGGCGGCGAAGACGUUCGUGCUGCUGGCGGCCGACGACGACCGCGGCGUGACCGUCUUGGCGGCCUUCUCGUGCGACGUCCUGCCGCACUCGUACCUGCAGCACGAGAAGGAGUUCCUCAAGAUCCUGCCCCUGUACGACAACGCGCGCAAAAAGGCGUGCGCGCGUGGCGGCACCUUCGGCCAGCGCGCGGAGUCGAAGAAGAUGGAGAACACUCUCUUCCAGAUCCUGAUGGCGAAGGUGACGAAUAUGCAGAUGGCCCUCUCGCACCCGGUGCUCGUGGGCAAGGGGCGCGAGGCCUCGGUCCUCUUCGCCUCACGCGCCCAGCAGCCCAAGGCCAAGUUCUGCGCCAUCUGCAAGCCCGAGGCGCGCGACGUGAGCACCGACAAGACCGACGCCGACCUCGACCCCAGCAAGGACAAGGACACGGACGACGAGGCGGAGGACGACGCCAAGGACGGCGGCCGCCGCGAAGAGCGUCGCUUCGACACGGACCAGAAGGCGUACACGCGCCAGGAGUUUAUCGACGAGUACGGCGAUGCGUGGCCUGAGCACUGGCGUCUGGCGCCCAAGGAGGACGACGACGACGAGGGCAGCGUCGCGGCUGGCGACGGCGACGGCGGCGCGGGUGGCAGCGAGGACAAGCGCGACGAGCCGCUCGUGCUGCUGCCGCCGCAGUGCUGCGCCAAGGCUUGGUGCGGCUGCACCGGCCACUACGCGCACUUGUCGUGCUUCAACGAGAUGCAGGCGGCUGGGGACGCGAUGGAGGACGAUGGCGAGGAGGGCGGCGACGCGGCGGCGCGACCCUCCUGCCCGCGAUGCCGCCACCUGCUCAGCGGCCUCGUUGUGCAGACGGGCGCGGCGUUCGACGCGUCGUGCUUCAUCUCCAACGACAUUAAGCUGUGGGACGACAAGACGCCGUCGGGCGGCUGGUACGUCACGCCGAAGCUCGCGAAGUUGCUCGAGCUCACCCGCGGCGUGGCGGCCGCCGACAAGCUGCUCGUCUUCUCCAAGUUCCUCGGCUGCCUCGACCUCGCCUCCAACCUGCUCGAGCGCGAGCAGUACCGCUGCGAGCGCUUCGACGGCGAGGUGAAGGACAAGACGAAGGCGCUCGACCGAGCACGCGAGCCUGAGGUCAAGGCGCUCCUCUCGACCAUCCGCAGCGGCGGCGUUGGCCUCAACCUGCAGGAGUUCAACCACGUCGUCUUCGAGUCGCGCGACCUCAACCCUCAGAAGCACAAGCAGGCCGAGGACCGCGUGCACCGCCUCGGCCAGGAGAAGGAUGUGACGGUCGUGUACCUCGACGCCAAGGACACGUUCGACGAGGCCGUCCGCGAGCUGAUGAGGCGAAAGCUCGACAACGCGCAGGCGAUCCUCGACGGCAAGCUGCUGCCCAAGGCGAGCCUGCCGUCCUACAAGGACGUCGUCGGCAAGAUGGGCGAGGUGCUGCGCAAGGUGAUCGCGCGCCGCGCGGGCCGGUCGGAGGACGCGCUCCUGCCGACGGCAGCGCCGAAGCGGCCGCUCGCCGGCGGCCUCGGCGGCCGCAGCAAGAUGAAGAAGCGCGAUGGCCCCGGGGGCGAUGUGCGACCGACAACCUCGAAACCGAACACGGCGGCGCUGGCCAGCGAUUACAAUCGCUGGCAGGUGAAGGCGCCGCCGCCGAAGGCGCCGCCGCCGAAGGCGCCGCCGCCGAAGGCGCCGCCGCCGAAGGCGCCGCCGCCGAAGGCGCCGCCGCCGAAGGUGCCGCCGCCGCCCAUCGGCAAAAGCCCGUCCGCGUCCGCGUCGGCGGCGUCGUCGUCGGCACCCCCGUCGGCGCGGCUGUCGGCGCCGUCCGAGGCGGUGAAGAACUCGCUGCCGCCGCACCGCCGCGUGAGCCGUCGGCUCAAAGACAAGGGCGUCGCCAAGGACCGCUUCACGCAGGCGCGGAUCGAAUCCGCUCUCGCCGCGACGGGUGGCGACGUGGACGAGGCGGUCGCGCAGCUGGUCGCGGAGGCCGCAGGCAAGGGCGGCGGCAGCGAGGUCUUCAUCCUCUCGAGCUCCGACGAGGACUAG